GCAUGCGCGGCCCCGGCGCCAUUUUGGUGGCCGGGCGCGGAGGUGAUUCCACACUGAGGAGAGCGCGGCGGCUGGGGUGGCAGUGGCAGCGUUCGUGUGCUCGGGUGUGAAUCGCCGAGGGAGGAGGCGGUGGAGGAGGAGGUGGCGGCGGUGGCGGUGGUCGUAGCGGUGGCGGAGGAGGCGGGUACGAAUCAACUGCGGGCGGAGACAUGGCCAACAUCGCGGUGCAGCGAAUCAAGCGGGAGUUCAAGGAGGUGCUGAAGAGCGAGGAGACGAGCAAAAAUCAAAUUAAAGUAGAUCUUGUAGAUGAGAAUUUUACAGAAUUAAGAGGAGAAAUAGCAGGACCUCCAGACACACCAUAUGAAGGAGGAAGAUAUCAACUAGAGAUAAAAAUACCAGAAACAUAUCCAUUUAACCCCCCUAAGGUCCGGUUUAUCACUAAAAUAUGGCAUCCUAAUAUUAGUUCCGUCACGGGAGCUAUUUGUUUGGAUAUCCUGAAAGAUCAAUGGGCAGCGGCAAUGACUCUCCGCACGGUAUUAUUGUCAUUGCAAGCACUAUUGGCAGCUGCAGAGCCAGAUGAUCCACAAGAUGCAGUGGUAGCAAAUCAGUACAAACAAAAUCCUGAAAUGUUCAAACAGACAGCUCGACUUUGGGCACAUGUGUAUGCUGGAGCUCCAGUUUCUAGUCCAGAGUACACCAAAAAAAUAGAAAACCUAUGUGCUAUGGGCUUUGAUAGGAAUGCGGUAAUAGUGGCCUUGUCUUCAAAAUCAUGGGAUGUAGAGACUGCAACAGAAUUGCUUCUGAGUAACUGAGGCAUAGAGAGCUGCUGAUAUAGUGAAGCUUGCCCCUUCCUGAGGAGCAUCUGUUAUUUUUAGGAUUCUGCAUAGAUUUCUUUUAAACUGGCAUUCUUGCCUAAUGAUGUUAUCUAGGCACCAUUGGAGACUGAAAAAAAAAAACCCCUGCUCUGUAAAUAAAGCUAAUUAAACGUCUGUGUAAAUUUAAAA